CAUCACCUUUCAUCUUCAUAUUUUUUACAUGCUAGCUCGGAAUUAAUUACAACAACUAUUUUAUAGCCACUACCGCGCACCCGUUAACACUGUUGACUUUAUUUGCUGUAUAUACUUGUAUUGGUUCGUGAUUCAUAGUGACAUUUGACAAUGAGGUGGGGGUCUUGGAUAUUCCUCAUGGAGGACUACAUCGUUCAGAAGCUUGUCCGAUCCCCAUCCUUCCAACGAGGCGUUCAACGCAUUCAUCGAAGCGUACACGAUUUGCAGCACGGCCGAGAUCCAACCGAACCGCUACGAGAGGGAGAGGCAACCCGAGACCCUGCAAAUUCUGGAUUUGGACGAUUCUUAUCCCAUUUUGCCGACGAACUACGGAACCAAGCCCGCGGUACGACUAAGAAGUGAGCAGCCCAUACACAAGUGAAAUACGCGAGUAUUAGGGCCUACUAUAGUAAGAGCGCCGCCACAAUAGGGGAUAUGAAGAAUCCGGAUCCUUAUAAAGUUUCAGCCGUCAGCCGCUUCAAAUGAGGCAACUUCAGACUGCUGUCUCGCCUUCCCUGUAGCUUUGUCUAUAGCCUCCAGCGCUUCGGCAAUCAGCGUAGCUUGGAUCAUUGAAAGAACUAGUUUUGUCCACGAAGGCGGAAUGGGGGACUACUUCGAAAUAUGCCUACCUAGGUAGUUCGAGUGGAUGUCUUGCGCGAGUAUCGAACAUGAUCCGGUAUCUAGGCAUCAUAAAACCUAACGAGGUGACCACACGACACGACUCGCGAGCGCGGCGCCUUCUCAGGAUUUAGCCGUGGCGCCGAUCACUAGAGUGCUCGAGGGAUAUCUAACUCUGAUAUCUAUCAUUAUUAUAAGAUUAUAUAAAACUCGAAAGACUAAGAUAUAAUUAAUAGAGCGAAAUACACUUUUAUUAUACA